GGGAGGAUUUGAUACUACCAGCGACCAAAGACAUUGUUAAAGAGCUACUGGGUGAGGAUGCUGCCAAGAAAAUUGACGCGGUACCACUCUCUGAUAACACUGUGAGCAGACGUAUUGGAGAUAUGGCUGAGGAUGUGUCUGCUCAACUGUUGGACCAGGUGAGAGCUAGCGAAUAUUUUGCACUGCAGCUAGAUGAGAGUACGGAUGUGGCUAACGCGGCCGAUUUGCUUGUGUACAUCAGAUUAAUUUCCCAAGAAAUGUUCGUUGAGGAAAUACUAUUUUGUAAAGCACUUGAAAGUAGAACCACCGGGAAAGAGAUUUUUCAAGUGCUGGACGAAUAUAUUGAUUCAAAUGGACUUGACUGGUCUCGUUGCGUGGGUGUGUGUUCUGACGGGGCCGCGGCUAUGACUGGGAAGAACAGUGGGGUGACGGCUCUCAUCAAACAGAAGGCCCCGAAUGCGGCGUCCUGUAUGCUCCAUCGAGAAGCACUGGUGGCAAAACGGUUGGAUGAUGAGCUUAAUCAGGUACUACAGGACAUAAUACACGUAGUAAACUUUAUUAAAGCCCGCCCCUUGAAACACAGACUGUUUGCUCUUCUAUGUAAAGAAAUGGGAGCCCGUUUUGAUGGAUUGCUGCUACACUCAAACGUACGCUGGCUUUCAAGGGGGGCAGUUUUGAACCGUGUAUAUGAGUUGCGGAGGGAGGUUGCAGAAUUUCUCUUGUCUGAGAAACAUCAGCUGGCUGACCGUUUUACAAAUGCAGCCUGGAUUCUUAAACUUGCAUAUAUGGCUGACAUUUUUUGUCAUCUGAAUGUGCUUAACCAAAGCAUGCAAGGGCGUGACACAUACAUAGUGCAUAUGCAAGACAAAGUACGUGCUUUUUCCCUGAAGAUUACGCUGUGGUCAAACAAGCUCAAGGAGGGAAUUACAGAAAUGUUCCCACUAUUACACCAAGAGCUGCUGUCAUCUGGUGCUGAGUUGGACACCAUUUCUCCACUGAUUCAAUCCCACCUGGAGCACCUCCAGGGAUAUUUCAGAGACUAUUUCCCUGACCUUGACAGCACCCAUCUAAACUGGGUAAGGAACCCAUUUGCCCCUGAUGUACGCUCUUGUCUGGACUAAAAAUCACAGGAGGAGCUGAUUGAGAUGACUACUUCAUGGGAUUUAAAAAUGAAAUUUGAAUCUCUUUCCCUCUCUAACUACUGGAUGCAUGUAAGAAAUUACUUUCCCAUCCUAGCUGAGAGUGCUCUGAAAUGCCUUCUUCCUUUUGCAACCACUUAUUUGUGUGAGUCUGGCUUUUCAACUUUAAAAGUACUUAAAACAAAACACAGAGCACGUCUAAAUGUGGAGAGUGACAUGCGUGUUGCACUGACAGACAUAAAGCCCAGGCUUGACAAACUGUGUAGGAGCCACCAGGCCCACCCAUCCCAUUAAUAUGCUCUCUCUCUCACACACUCACACUCUCUCACAUGCAUGCACAC